CUCAGUCCGCAAAAGCUAUUCAACGAGUUAUGUUGUUAAACAUUUUUCGAGGAUUAAAAUUUACCGAGUUUAUAUAGUUUUAGUUCAGGCUCAUUUCGGUUCCACAGAAUUUGUGUAAUUACAUGAUUGGCCUGUUUACGACAAAAAGCAAGCACGAAUUUAAUGACUGUUGAUCAGUACAUUAAUCGCGCUUAAAGAGAUGAUGGACAGAGUAUUGUCAUACCAAACAGCAAUAAGAGCAAAUUCAGCCGACACAAGCGGUUUUGAUAUUCGUCAAUAUAUUAGCAAGAGAACAUGUAUAAGUCUCACUAUGUCCAUUGCAUUUAUUGCAUUAAUUUUUGGAUUCUUGUUGGGGAAGUUCACAAGUGACCGAAAUCAUAUAAUUAAGGAAAAUCAGAGGAGACUCGAUACAGUUCAUCGUACAGUAGUGACACAGAGUGAAGUUGACCGAAUGAUCGAUUCUGUGUCAGAGGCAGCACAAUUUAAAUUAACGACCAAUUUUAAGGAACAAUAUGCUAGUGAGCAAGGUGCUAAUACAUAUCUUAUGUAUUUGGGACAAAAUUUCUCGAGUUGUUUUCAUCAAGUGACUUACGAUAGUUCAAAUCAUGAUUUAGUGGAUUUCCUUAACAACCUCUUAAAAAAUUACUACAAAAUUUAUCUUAAGUGCUCUCGAGAUCUACGAAAUAUUUUACUUAAGAAUGAUUAAUUUUAAAUGUUUUUUGUUUGUGUGGCAUCUGAAUUGUUCUCUUUUUUGUAUAUUUUGAGAAUAUUAAUUAGGUAUGUCUAGCUUAAAUAAAUAAAUAUUUCUUUAAUCU